GAUAUAAUGAAGUUGAAUUUGUCUGCUCCUCCCAAACUUUGCAAACGAUUGCAGCUUUCCUCGUCACACAGAUAGCUGUGAUUGCUGCUGGAGGGGAGAGAGCGGUCGGCUACUGUUACCUUUUCAGCACAAUUUUGCACGUUUAAGUCAUGUAAGGAGCUCUGUAAUGUCAAAAGAACAGGAUAAAGAUACCUUCUUGCUCAAAAGAAACCGAGGCGGAGAUGGUGGGCUUGAUGAUCUAGGAGGGCCGGGUGUUCUGCUGGGUAGCCCAGACAAGAAAAAGUGCAAGUCGAACACACAGGCUCCCUCCUUCGCUCCCCUAUCUGAGUAUGCUCCACCACCAAACCGAAGUGCCGACCACCUAGUGGCUGCCAAUCCUUUUGAUGACGACUACAACACACCAUCUUUCAAGCCUCUGUCCUCUGGGAACCCAUAUUUUGGCCACCCGCACUACCCUGGCUUCAGUGGCUAUGGCCCUCCCAGGAUGGACCCCCUCAUGCCCAAUAGGAUGCCCUCUUCUUACAGGGGUCUCUACCAGAUACGAAACCAGCUCCACCCUUUUGCCCAGACUCAAAUGGGCAUGGGGUUCAGUCGACCCCCCGAUUUUAACUAUGGGUACCAUGAAAAUCCCAAUUACGGUAACCAUCCACCAUUAAGCAACAACAACAGUAACAUGCCACUUCCACCCAAUCAGCCUUUUAGACCAGGUCCCCGUGACAACAUGAAUCAGGUGCAUCUGCAUAAUGUGACCCAAAGCACUACUCCUGACAUGGGUCCGAGCUUUAGAUCAGCAGUCAACCCAAUUGGGAAUCCACCUCCCCGACCCGGCAUGGACUCUAGUCCUGUUUUUACCCGGCAGCAGCAAAACAACAGCUUUACCCAGUCCAAUACACCCACACCUAAACAGGACUUGAGUGAGGUGGAUUCAAGCAAAAGUACAUCCCAGAACACAUCUCCACGGAAACGAAGCCAUGGCUCGGAGGAGAUCAUGGGUCAGAAAAACUCUGUCGACCUGAAAUCAAAGAAUAGAGGCGCCCUGGUUUGUCAGGGUGCAAGUCAGCCUAACACCACAGAGAAAAUCAACGGCAUCAUCCUCCCCAAUAAUGAUUCCCUGAAGAAGUCACCACAGUCAGGCAGGCACAUGGAGGCAACCCCCCUGGAGCGGAGUAGAAGCAGUGGAGGUGGUGGUGUGGCCAGCAAUAAGACACUGAUGCAUCCCAACAGGCCUAGCCACUCCUCCACGGAGCCUGUGUUUCCAUGUGGAAUAUGCCUGAAUGAAGUGAAUGAUGACCAGGAAGCUAUCCUGUGUGAGGCCUCAUGUCAAAAAUGGUUCCACAGGGUUUGUACUGGAAUGACUGAGACAGCGUAUAACCUGUUGACAGCAGAGGUGUCGGCAGUGUGGGGCUGUGACGUCUGCAUGGAGGAGAAGGGGGCACAGCUCCUUAGAACAAAGGAGCUAACAGGGCAGCCAGCAGGGCAGCAGCCAACAGUUAACAGCGAGUGAUAUGGUCAUGAAUAUGCCAUCGGUAACAUUAUUCUAUCUUAUACUGGUCAUUUUCUUUGGUAUGCUUCCUUUGUAGGUUAAUUUUCCUUACGUUUUUACGUAGGGUUUACGAAGGGUUACAUUUUUACCAUUGUUGUUUUAUUUGACAUUUGGUAUAAUUUGGAUAGAAGUUUGUCCCAUGCUUAGGCCAAUGCAAAAGCUAGACUGAAGUUAUUUUUAAUGUCAUAUGUAUUCCCUAUUUUUGGGCAGGUACCAUUGGCCAUGUUGACCACAAUAAUGUCAUUCUCUUAACGAGGUCCUUACUGUUCCUCCCAACCUUCCUGGCCUAGUUUAUAUAAACUUAUUACAACAUCAGUAUGAGUAAGCUCUCUCCGGAAAGGUUAACUGAUUGACGGAUGCAAACGUAUUCAACGUUUUAAUCAGAUAUUUUUUGCAACUGCUGUUAUAGUUUUUGAGCAGUAUGAUUUUUUCCCAAAAAGUUGAGUCUCAGCUGGAGUGGUGCUCCAAAGCCAUACACCUGUACUGUAUGCUAUACAACCAGAUUUUUUUUAAAUGAUUCGAUACACGUGGGUCGUUCCACCAAUUCGAUGCCUUUUGAGAUGUGUAACUUGGUGAAUGAUUUUGUUUUUGAAAGUAACAGGGUUGAAGAUUAUCUUAAAUCAGCCAUAAAUCCCCUCGUGACAGGGGAAAUGAAAGCUUUGUGUGUGCAACAGGGAGGGGCAAUUGAAUGCAAGCUUAACAAAAAAAUAUAUAUAAAUGUUCAAACAUUUUUAGCCUGUCUAAUUUAUCUAUGGGUAACAGGGUUGACAUGUUAUGCUCAACCCACUCAGUUUUCCACCACAAAACACCAGAAA